AUGCUCCAAGGAGAUGCCUAUUGCAUCGUUUCGUUUCAUGAAUUAUCACAGGCCUUGGUUAACUGGGACCCGGUGGACCAAACAGUGCUUGCCAACGAGCAGGUGGAUGAGCAUGGCUGUUCAUGGCGCUCUGGAGCAAAGGUGGAGCAGAAGUACCUCAGACAGUGGUUCAUUAAGACAACUGCCUAUGCGAAGGCCAUGCAGGACGCGCUGGCAGACCUUCCGGAAUGGUACGGGAUAAAAGGCAUGCAGGCCCACUGGAUUGGGGACUGUGUGGGCUGCCAUCUGGACUUCAUGUUAAAGGUUGAUGGGCAAGUCACAGGAGAAAAGCUGAGCGCCUACACAGCCACCCCCGAGGCCGUUUAUGGCGCCUCCCACGUGGCCAUCUCUCCCAGCCACAGGCUCUUGCACGGGCACAGCCCUCUGAAGGAAACCUUCCGGAAGGCCCUCAUCCCUGGCCAAGAUUGCCUGACGCCCGUGACGGCUGUGAGCAUGCUCACCCAGCGGGAAGUCCCGGUCAUCAUCUUGGCCAAAGCUGACUUGGAGGGCUCUCUAGAUGCAAAAAUAGGAAUUCCCAGCACCAGCUUAGAGGACUCCGCCUUGGCCCAGACUCUGGGCCUGUCCUACUCCGAAGUCAUUGAAACGAUGCCAGAUGGCACAGAGAGACUGAAUGACUCUGCGGAGUUCACAGGUAUGCAGCGGCAGGCUGCGUUUCUAGCCCUGACUCAGAAAGCCCGGAGGGAGAGAGUGGGCGGUGACGUGACGAGUGACAAGCUGAAGGACUGGCUGAUCUCGAGGCAGCGGUACUGGGGCACGCCCAUCCCCAUGGUCCACUGUCCGGUCUGUGGGCCCGUGCCCGUGCCUUUGGAGGACUUGCCCGUGACCCUGCCCAGCAUCACCUCUUUCACCGGCAAGGGAGGCUCCCCACUGGCCUCGGCUUCCGAGUGGGUGAACUGCUCCUGCCCUAGGUGCAAAGGAGCAGCCACAAGAGAGACAGAUACGAUGGAUACCUUUGUGGAUUCUGCUUGGUACUACUUCAGAUAUACUGACCCUCAGAAUACUCAGAGCCCUUUCAGCACAGCGCUGGCAGAUUACUGGAUGCCUGUGGAUUUGUACAUUGGAGGGAAAGAGCAUGCUGUCAUGCACUUGUUCUAUGCGAGAUUCUUCAGUCAUUUUUGCCACGAUCAAAAAAUGGUCAAACACAGAGAGCCUUUUCAUAAACUGCUGGCCCAAGGCCUUAUCAAGGGGCAGACAUUCCGCCUACCGUCUGGACAGUAUCUACGGCGAGAGGAAGUAGAUUUCACAGGUUCUGAUCCCGUUCACGCAAACACGAGGGAGCAGCUCGAGGUGAGCUGGGAGAAGAUGAGCAAAUCCAAGCACAACGGCGUGGAGCCCGAGGACGUGGUGGACCAGUACGGCAUCGACACCGUCCGGUUGUACAUCCUCUUCGCCGCCCCUCCGGAGAAGGAUGUCUUGUGGGAUGUGAAGACUGACGCGCUCCCUGGGGUGCUGAGAUGGCAGCAGCGUCUGUGGUCUUUGGUGACGCGAUUUAUCGAGGCCAGGACGUCUGGGAAGGCACCCAGGCCUCAGCUGUUGAGCGACAAGGAGAAAGCCGAGGCCAGGAGGCUGUGGGAGUACAAGAACUCGGUCAUCUCUCAGGUGACUGCCCAUUUCACAGAGGACUUCUCGCUGAACUCUGCAAUUUCUCAGCUGAUGGGACUCAGCAGUGCCCUCUCGCAAGCUUCGCAGAGAGUUGUUCUCCACAGCCCCGAGUUCGAGGAUGCCCUGUGUGCCCUGAUGGUGAUGGCCGCCCCCAUGGCCCCUCACAUAACCUCAGAGCUCUGGGCAGGCCUGGCACUGGUGCCACAGAAGCUGUGUGCCCACUAUGCCUGGGAUGCCAGCGUGCUGCUUCAGGCCUGGCCCACCGUGGACCCGCAAUUCCUCCAGCAGCCCGAGGUCGUGCAGAUGGUGGUUCUGAUCAACAACAAAGCCUGUGGCAAAGUCCCCGUACCCCAGAAUGUCGCCCAGGACCAGGACAAAGUCCAUGAACUGGUUCUCCAGAGCGAGCUGGGUGUCAGGCUCUUACAGGGGCGAAGCAUCAAGAAGGCCUUCCUCUCCCCACGCACCGCCCUCAUCAACUUCCUGGUGCAGGAGUGACUGCAGGCCCGCUGCGGCCCCUCCCCUGGGUCUGGGGCAAAGGAACGAGUCUGGGGCCCGGGCUCAGGGAAAAGCCCAGUGUCUUGAAUGUCUGCCUUUGCAUUCUGACAGACUGGCAUCUGCAGGGCGCCUCCACAGUGUGAUCCGGUGCUGGGGUGAGGGUGGGUAGGGGCAGAGGAGAAAUACAGGUGAAGCGGUGGGGAGCGCAUACCUCUGCCGUUGCAGGUGGGGGAAGCGUCUAUCCCCACGUGUAGGCCCCAGAGAUUCGGCCGGGUGGGAGUGGGAAGGGAAGCAGAUGAGCCUGAACAUGAAGCCCCGCGAGCAGCCUGGGCACCUCUGGACCCUGGAGACCGCACUGCCUUCAGCAGGUCCCCGCUGAGGAUGUCGGGGGCUUGGGGCAGCUCGAGCAGUCACUGUUGAUCGGCAGAUGGUCUCCUGCCUUCAGGCUGGAUCCAGAUAUCCACGUGUGGCAUGGACACUGGCGUCUUCAGAAGUCGCUCGGAGGAAUUCCCUGGCCGUCCAGUGGUUUGGACCUGGUGCUUUCACUGCUCUGGACCCCAGUUCAAUCCCUAGUCGGGAAACUAAGAUCCUGCAUGGCUGGCACAACCAAAAAGAAGAAGAAGAAAUAGCUGGGACUCAAGAAACAAGCAGGGCUAGUCUGGCUGCCUGCACCCCGGCUCCUCAGCCCUGCCUGGCUGGCUGUUUCCACCCUGGCUCAGCUGGGCUCUCCUGGCGGGCCUGCUCUGAUGCCGAUCCUCAGGCCCUCGGGCGAAGCACCGCUUUGCACUGUGAGUGGGGAGCAGCCCCUCCCAACUGCCCCUUCAGAGUGUCACGUUUGCUGUGAAGUGAAGCGGAACUAAGCUGCUUCCAGCCUGGACAGAACCCAUCUCAGAGCCGGCCACAGCUCAACAGGGCGUCUGCUCAUGUGCGCCCCAGAUGGCAAUGCUGCCCUGGGUGUGGCCCCCAGAACGAGCCCACCGCCAGUGGGGGUGGGGGUGGAGAGCUGACGCCACCCGGGUGUCACCUCCUGUGCUCCAGCCACAGCAGCUGGCUGCCAGGAAGACCCCCGUGUGAUGUAGUUAGAGUGAUCCUGGGUUUUGGGGAAGUCAGAGGUUAGGUGCUCUUAACAGAACUGGCCUCAGUCCACUGAGUACUGUUUAAUACGGGGAGGGGAGGAGAAUCCAGACAUGUGACGCUGAAAAUCUGUAUUUGUUCCCCGAUGUCUUUUUCUGAAGUAGGCUCAAAUGUGGUCCCCUGCAGUUCAGCAGUUAACAGAUGACUUUUUUUUAAUGGAAUAAAAUGUUUGUCAUGUAUGA